AUGGCUCACAACAACGGUAGUGGUGUCGCGAACCGCGAAACGGCGAACCCGUCACAUUCGUCGUCGAUCGAUCGGGUAUCAGUGAAAGUACCAUCAUUCAUACCCGCGGACCCGGAGUUGUGGUUCAGGAUGCUGGAGGGCGGUUUCGCAGCUGCAGGAAUAACGCAGAGCAGCACCAAAUAUGGCUACGUAAUCACAACCCUCGAUCAAAGAACACGCGUGUUGGAGAACGAGCCUCUCGGAGAUCGUAAACCGUCGCAGUUCCUCAGGCAUCUUCGCGGUCUUGCCGGUAAGGAGUUCCCUGAGGACGUCUUGCAAACGCUCUGGCUGGGCCGUCUGCCUAGGCACGUCCAGGCCCUCCUCGCGGCGCAUCGGGACCUCACGCUCGAUAAGCGAGCCGAUAUCGCGGAUUCCAUCGCGGACUUGUACGGCCCGGCAGGUCUCAUCGCCGAGACAUCAGCCCCCGCACCUCAGCCUGCCCGAGCACACGGUGACGAUCUGAUUCGUGUGAUGGCGGAGAUGGUACGGAGGCUCGCGGCGAUCGAGGUUAAUACCCAAGGAGCGCGUCAGCCAACUAGCGGAUCCUGCGAAGCCUGCGGAAGAUCGCGCUCACGCUCUCCGUCGCGCUCGCGUUUCCGGUCGCGCUCGCGAUCACGGAGCCAGCGUCCUGAUGCAGCUGGCGAGAUAUGCUGGUACCAUUGGCAAUACGGCGACAAGGCAAGAAAGUGCGAAAAGCCGUGCAAGUACAGUGACAGAUCUCCGGAAAACGAGCAGGGCAGUCGCUAA